AUGGUCUGUCAGGUCUAGGCACCAGUAAUACAUUUCACAGGGAACAGCAAAAUUGUAAUAGUAAUGAAGGAUUGCAUCUCACUAUUGAAUUCAAGUCAUGUGAUGUUCUCCUCAGCGAGUGUUUGAGCUGCAGGGAGAAAGUCUAUCCCAAACUUUCCCCCCUGAGAGCGCACCUUCUCGCCCCAGGGUCCGUACCUCAGAGAGAUAAGUGCUUUCUUCCUUCUCAGUUGUCUCUGCCAAGGACGAAAAGGAUCAGACAUGACUACACCAGCGCCAGAGAAUCCUCCUUCAGCCCCAAACCAAUCCAAACUCCCAUUUAUUAUAAAAAACAACAACAGGCAGAUCCAGUCACUGUGAUCCGCGGCACACAACAACUGUAUUCGUCUCACAUUCCCUCACUUCCUUUGCGUCUGCCUCCCGGCCCGACUAGCACGAUCAUAAUUUCUAACCCCGGCCUGAGACACCACCUGAUUAUUAUUUCUGGGCAAUGGGAUACUUUAAUAGCUCUCCCUGCUCCCCUUGAUUGGAGAUGCAGGAGAUAAUAGCCCCAAUAUUCAGAGGAGAGAUGUCGGAGGUGGUGUGUGUGUAGCGGGGGUUUGGCGUUCCCCUGUUCCCUUAGCCUGGGAAAUCUGGGACCAUCAUAGAGAUGCAAUGGAAAGUGUCAGAAUGGCGGUAAGUUUACAAUCCAAAGGUUAAACAUCUUUGUUAUACUUGGAUGGAGGGAUAAAGCAGAGGGAGUUGCUCCUUUAGAUUGGUUGUCUUACUCAAUCAUACCAACUCAUGUCUGGAGUUUUGAAUGCCACAGUGUUUUCAUAUGGAACGAGGGCAAAGUGUCGGUAAACGGUGGGUAACUUCAGACUGACAGACGGCGCUUCCAAAGGUUGCUGAAACAUUAUAAUCCUCUGGGAGUUUUUACACUAGUUCAAAGUCACCUGAAACCUCUCUCUCCAUCUCUCUCUUUGCUGUCUUUCUCUCUCUCUCUCCAUGUCAGGCAUGUUGAUUCAGCAGACACUGAGAGGAAGGUGCCCUGCCCUCCUACGACCUGGCAGAGAUCCAGAGACAGGUACGGAAAAUGAAAACUUGUUGAUAUGUUUGGUUUCCUCUCUCAGCCCGCCAUCUCUUUUUUCACCUCGGUACAUUCUCCCAGCCUAGAUGUCACCAUGUGGACCACAAAGAUUUAUAUUCAAGGAUAAUGAUACCUCCUGUUCUCAGGUAGUUAAUCUGCCAAACAAAAGCAUUGAAUGAUUUGUGAUUUUGGAAUGAGUUACACAGAAUAUUCAUUGAGACGUAUUCUUAACUGAACAUGAAAGGCUAAAUCCCUGCACAUUUUCAAGAGUUCAUACUAAGGUUUGGACCAAACGGUGUCCAAGUAGCUUCCCAAACACAGGCUCAAACUUAAAGAGAGCUUCUCAAGAGAAAACACCACCAGACCUCUCCAUGACUUGUGGUCAGCGUCUUAAAAAAACAUUCUCACAAAGCUCACGAAUCCAAGGUAAUAAAGAAAAGCCAUCCUCAAAAGACCUGACGAAGCUCGAACACGCUUCAGGUUGCAAAUAAUACGCGUGCGGAGAUUAUUCAGCAGCUAACAAGCACAAUUUGUUUUCAUGAGAGCGGAAGAAGGAGGUAUGGACAGUGAAAGAGAUGAGCUGAGGGCUGUUUUCCUUCCCAGGCUUUUUGGUCAGAGUUGUGUUGCCUGGUGGGUUCCAGCGCUACAGUAAAAGCUUGGCCAGGCCAUGUUGGAGCAGGCGGGGGCCAAAGGGGAGAAAGCAAAGGGGCCCAGAACUACACAGACGCCAGUCCCACCACAAUGAGCCACUUUAGGCCCUUGUGGUUUGGCCUCGGGGGCUGGCCGCCAGCUCGCUGGAGCUCUCUCUCAUCUCCUGCUACUUCUCUCCAUUUCCUAUUUUGAUGAACGUCUCUCUCCCACUCUGCAGCUCUCGGUCUUAUUUCUUUACAUGUCUGUGGAGUUGCCUCAUACACACCCAGAUGGUUUUUGUUGCUAAGUUUCAGCAGCAGAUGAGGAGGGUCGGAUUGAAGCAGGUUGUGUUAAAAGAAGACAAAGAGCAACAAGAAAGCUCUGGGGAUGACUGGUAGAGGUAGAGGGGGUUGGAGCUCACUCUGACAGGUGGACUUUUCUAGUUACUCCCAUCCCCCUCACACACACACACACACACACACACACACACACACACACACACACACACACACACACACACACACACACACACACACACACACACACACACACACACACACACACACACACACAGAUGGGGGGGACUUAGUUAAAGUAAACAAACAGUACGAUAUAUUAAUGAAGUCAUCACCCAUUAAAGCUCCUUAGAUUGAGAAGUUUUUUGACUUUUUAUAAGAUAGACUGAAAUCCAUAUUGAUAGACCAUCAUGGACAAGAUUCAUAAUUCUCAUAUUGCAAGACUGAUACACAUAUCUCAUAUUGCAUACUCUGCCAAGCCCCUCCCACCAAAUCAUGCACCAAACAUGCAUGGCAGCUGUUUAUACUGCAAACUUUAUGUUCCACUCAGCUUGUACCGCUGGACUCAGACGACAGGAGCACUGACAGCUGAUCAGUUUACACCUCCAAAGAGCUCUCUCUCUCUCAUCCAAACCACUGUGGAGGGCGAGCGAGCGAGUGAGUGAGUGGGAGAAAGAAGCAGGGAUCCUGAGAAGGUCACUUAGAAGACAGAUGAUGCAAGUUUGUAAAGAUAUGCUCUGAUUGGCUGUCGUGAAAUUGAAUUUUAAUUCAAUGAGUAUAAAACUCAAACUGAAUGAUUAUUCCGAUGCAUUAAUUUGACAAUCAUGCUACAGCUGUUUCAUAUAUAUUUAUAUAUAUACAUAUAGAUAGAUAGAUAGAUCGAUAGAUAGAUAGAUAUAGAGAUAGAUUGAUAGAUAGAUAGAUAGAUAGAGAGAGAGAGAGAGAGAAUAGCAGCGAUGGCUCCCAUCAACCCUGUCCUCAUCCAGGAGACACAGGUUCAACCUUGGCUUCGUAGCAGUAGCAGUAAGAGUCACACCCCAUUGGCUCCUCACAUACCUUCCCUCCACCACCCAUCCACCCAUCCACCUCCCUACCUGCUAGCAUGCCUACCUGCCCCCGCCCCCCUGCUGUCUUCAUAAGAAAAGGGUAAAAGAGAGGACAAUGGCUCCUCUAUUGCGCUUUGCAUUGCUUACAAGAACAACAAUUGCGCCCCUCACUUUUCUUUAUUCAGUCUCUCCCUCUUUAUCUCUUUCCACUCUUCUUCAUCACUCCAUCUCAUGCCAUGGGAAAACCCUCCUGUGUGGAUUAUUUUGUACCUGUGUGGUUGAUCAGAAGAAGGAGGAUGAUGGUUGGGGGUUGUUGGGUGGUGCCCAGGUCUUGUGUUUGGCUUCAGACUCCCCACUGUUUUCCUACGCCUCCUCCUUCUCCUCCCUUCCUUCAUUCCUUCCUUCCCUCUCCUCCUCCCAUCCCAAGGGAGACAGCUUAAUAAGGAGGUACGGGUCCGCCAUCCCUUCUUCUCUCUCGGUCUCUCUCUAAUUAAGUCUGUCGCCUUGGGUCGGUUCUUUUUGUUUGUGUCCGUCUGACAGGCUGAAGAUUCUGGACUCAAAACACCUCAGUGUCUUUCCUUACAUUACCCCAACAAACAUACUUCCUUUUUCUUAAUUCAUCAAGUCAUGCUAUCCAUAUCUGAUUGAAAGUGUUCUCUUCCUCCUUGCAGCUGUGGCUGACCCACUGUGCCCCACUGAUCUGGUAAAGACAUGCAUGCAGAAUCGGAGAAUCAAGGAAGCAGCAGCAGCAGCAGGUCCUUUCUGUACAAGAAGAGCUUUGGCAGCUUUAAGUGGUUGGUGCACUCUGCAGGCCUCUUCAGUCUGUCUUGAGGUCAGCGAGUGUGAACUCAAAUUUAGACCUCUUGUGGUGCACAGGUUAUCUCAAAUCCAGCAAUAAUAGAGCCUAGGAUUACCAGAGCUGAUAUGUAUGAUGUUGGGUAUCAUGUUGGGUUUUUGGACCUAGAGGAGACGUUUGAGAAGUUCACCGAAAAACUUUCCUAUCCUCUUUUCCUUAAAGACAAAAAAAAAACCAAUCUUAUAGCUGGUGGUCUUGCUUCCUUUUGUGGAUCAUCAAGAGGCAUCAAUAUGAAUCUCAGUCUAUUUCCUAGCAGUAAACACACCACACAGCAGCUUUAAUAACAUACAAUCCAUUUUUAUAUAUUAAGUUUAACCUCAAAUAAAUUGUCCAGAUCUUAAACUCAGAUUUUGUUUACAAAAACAGCCUUCAGACAGGAGAGAAAAAAGAUCAGAAAAGCUGAGAUAAAAGAGAAGAAAGGAGACAGGACAAUAAAAGACACAGCCGAGGAGACGAGAGGAGAAGAAAAGUGUAGGGUGGAUGGAGGGCGGUGUGCCUUCACCUCUCUGUUGACCUGCUUCGUUUGAAGUGAUUACCGGCUGGCUGGGGACUUUCAGAGCAGGACAAAGAACGUCACACGCAAGGCCACAUACCUUUAAGCCUGUGUCACGAUGCGGUGACGCUCCAUGUCUGAACUUACACACUCAUCUAAACACACACGCAGACACUCAGCAGACACACAAGUAUGUAGGCGUGCAGACACGGACAGGCAGGCGACUUCUCAGGCAGGCAGGUACGCACAUACCAGGGCACGGCUAAUGACUACCUGCCCUGUCUUCAGAAACCGGGGUUAGGGUGUCUGUGUUGGCAUUGUCGGGGUCAGAUUGGAGAAGAAUUGAAAAAGGGUCCCCUGGAACGGCGGCAAGGCCUCUUUUUUAAAAUCCCAGGAUUUUGAUUGACAGCAGCGGGCUCCCGAGAGGAAACCUGAAUGCUUGAGUUUCUGUGGGAAACACAAAAGACGUCAAGAGUGAAAUGGCUUCACAGACACAGAGACGGACAGGUCUGGCUCCAGGUAGCUGGCCAGACAGGUAGCCUUUCCGUGCAGCCCCACUGUAGUUAUGUAAUAUAAGUUGAAAGUGCUUUCACUGAAAGCCUCUAAGAAGUCUGCUGUGGGAAGAAUGUGGACUUAACGACAAAACCCACACAAUUGUUCAUACAGUAUAUUUCUGACAUUAAAGCUCCUGGGAGGAUAUUUUAUGAAAUAGUCUACCAUUCAUAAAGACUGACAGUUUGAGUAGAGUGACCACACUGUGAAUCCCCAAAAAGAGGCAGUGCACGUGCAAAAUUUCAGAGGUUUUUUGGGUCGGUUCGAGUGUUUUUUACACGCUCCAAACUCAGUUAAAUGCAUAGUCUGAAUUACCAAAAAGACACUUAACCAGGCCUCUUGGAAAUAUUGAAAAAUACUUGCACAAAGUUGCAUUUAUAAACAAUAUAUUUAUUUAUAAUGAUAAUAAUACAUCAGAUUUCAUAUAGCGCUUUAUCAGAGACCCUCAAAGCGCUUUACAUUGGAUACAUCAUUCAUUCACUCACACAGUCACACUUUGGUGGUGGUAAACUACCUUAGUAGUCACAGCUGCCCUGGGGUAGACUGAUGGAAACGUAGCUGCCAUUUUGCGCCUACUCCGACCACCACCACACAACACUCACAAUCAUACACUAGUGGAGGACACACACUGGGAGCAAGGUGGGUUAAGUGUCUUGCCCAAGGACACAGCGGACAGACUUGGGAUAGGGGGAAUCGAACCGCCAACCUUCCAGUUAUUGGACGACCACUCUACCUCCUGAGCUACUGCCGCCCUAUUUAGAAUAGAAUUUAUCUAUUCUAAAGCAUUUCUCCUCGACAAAAUUAUCAGUCAUGUACAAAUAUUUCUCCCUUAUGUUUUGCUUACCGGCAGACAUGCGUGCAUCUCAUCAAUGGCGUUGCUUUGCGGAGGAGCAGAGCAGCAGAUCCGCUGCACUGUAUGAUAAUGAAUAAAAACAUGUCCUGGGGUUUGGUGUCUCAGAGUGUGUUUCAAAUGAACCAUUGAACGUGUAUGGUAAAUACAGUAGAAAAAAAACGGGCUUCCAUACAAAAGCCUAGACAUUUGAAGGAUUUUAUAAACUCCCCAUGGACAGGCCGGACAGCCCCCCAAAGGAGAACAUGUCUGGGUAAAAGAAGACGUAUGGUCACCCUAGGUUUGAGUGUUCUCACUUUAAUGUUUGAAACCAGUAUAAGGGGGUUGGUGUCAGCCAAAGAGCUGGAGCUUUAAACAUUAAAUAGAUCUAGAGUAUGUCUGCUGAGUUCAUUGAUCGUGAGGACUCUGACCAUAUCCAUGUAGUAUUUUGUAUCAUCUGCAUGUGUUCUUAAGUAUUUUCAGUGCUAAAAGAAGUUUUUUCAACUUUGCGCUUUUGCUAACCUCCCUAUGAUUAUGUUUGUGUAUUUGUGUGUAUAAGAAGGCCACACACACUCACAUACACACACUGGAGAAGAUUAACUGUGUUCGUCAGUUUUAGAAAAUGUGAAUGUACAUGUGUGUAUGUGUGUGUGUGUGUGUGUGUGUGUGUGUUGCCUCAGCUCCGGGUAGGGGGCCAAGUUUCAUUGUGCUCUGUUGUGAUUAUUUUGUUUAUUUUUAUCCUGCUCUGGGCUGUAAUUGAGGUCUGCGUAAACUUUUGGUCGGUUUGUUUUAUACUCUGCCCUUCUUUUUUUCCCCCCCUAUUCUGGGAAGCAGUUUUCCUCUCUUCAUCCUCUCUUCUACCCUGUCUUCCUCUCUCUUGUUGCUACUCUGAUGUCCCCACACUCCACAUCAAUAGAUUUCAUUAGAGCCUGGGGGAUCCUGCAGGGUCAGACGCAUGCAGCGGGAAGCCGCACGUCGUGUGGAGUGUGUGGAAGUGGUGUGUAUAAAUGUGUGUAUGUUUGUGUGUGUGUGUGUGAGUGAGUGAGAGAGUGGGUAGGGGUACCACAGCUCCUUUUUUUUCUAAUCAUCUCGUCGUUUUCUAAUGAUAGGCCUCGUACCACAGCUACUGGGUGUGGCGCCCGAGAAAGCCAUAAAGCUCACAGUAAGUCACUGCGAUAGAGAGCACUCUGACACAAGCGCGCACGUUCACACGCAGACAGAAGAGCUUUAAAGGCUUUUUAAAACCUUUUUGGAUGGAUUUGAUGGGUUACUGCUCACAUAAGUCCAAAACUAUGAUAAAUAUUUGUUGUCAAAGUAAACUGUUGCUCUUGAGACGCAGCUCUCAGACCAGAUUUUGGAGGACUAAGUGUAAUCAUAUCAGCCUGCAGACUCUGCAGAAAGAAGAAAAUUUGACUUUGGUUUGUUUACAGCAGGGAAACAAAGAAAAGAAAAGACAGGGGGGGUUAAAAACACAAACACUGAAGGGUGUGACAGGAGAGCUUUCAAAAUUAAAGGUGAAACGUGAAGUAAACAUUCAAAAGAACAUUUUAUUGGACCGUGACGAUGCAAAAAACUCAAACCAGGUGCUGCAGUGAUUCAUGCCAACCUGUUAACCUUUUCACAGGAGCUCCUUUUAAGGACUAUAAGGAGUUAAUAAAGACUUUGGACGAAUCCCUGAUACACUGAACUAUUUCAGAAUGAACAUUUUAUGACAAAUGAUUGAUUUCUGGGAUAAAAGUAAGGAUGUCAAACAGUCACCUAAAAAUAUCAAGAUUAAUUGCAAAGUUACAGUCAUGACGGUUAAUCCUUAUUUCACCUGCAUGUUCAAUAUAUCAUUAUUUUGCAUUUCUAGGGUGACCAUGUGUCCUCUUUUACCCGGACAUGUCCUCUUUUUGGGGGGCUGUCCACCCUUGUCUGGGGGAGUUAAUAAAAUCCUUCAAGUGUCCGGGGUUUUGUAUGGAAGUUUUGAAUUUGUGUCACGUGGAAUUACUGAGUUAGAAGCGCAUAAAAAACACUCAACCUGAUCUGGAAAACUCUCAAAAUUUACUACGUCCGACUCCUUGACUCCGCCCCGCGUAGUUGUGUCCUCUUUUUGGGAAUUCAGAAUAUUGUCACUCUAGCAUUUCAAUCAAUCCAUGUGAACAAUAAAUGUUUUUUUUAUGAGUGUCUUGAUUUAGAGACUAAAAAGAAUCAUUAAAUUUAAUUUAUGAACUUGAUUUUAAGGUCCAUUAUUCAAAUUAAAUAUUCUAUUUUCACACCAGUUUGGUCUGAAACAUGACGUUCAGGUGCAUAUAAAAGCUUUAAAGUGCGUAUUCAGUGAAAUUAUUUGUAAUUAUUAACUUUAAUUUGCAAACUGAGCUGUCUGCAAGUUUUUUAAAGUGAAAUGUGUCAUUUAUAGGCACAGUGGUUUUAUCUAUCUAAUAAGAGCAUUACUUCAACACCUUAACCCUGCCAGAAUUCAUGCUUUGACACUGAUUGGCCUGAUAAAUAGUCAUGUAGUAGAGAUAACAUGGAGUAAAUUGGUUGUAAUCUAGGGUGAACUCUCACUGGAUUAUGUCAGGUGUGACAUACAAGAGGCUGAACUUCCUCCUGUUUCUGCACGUGUGAACUGCCCAUCAUGCGUUUUGAUAAACAGCACUUACAGCGAUAAAUGUAAGUGCUCUGUGACCUGCAGUAAAUCGAAGCAUCUUUCUCUUUACUGUGAGCAAAACCUUGUCAAUUAACCCUGAUAUUAUCUAACCUCUUAUGUUUCCAGAUAAGGGGACUUUGGUGAGAGAGGAGACCAGGGAGAGAAAUCACACAGUCACAGCUAAUUGCUAAGAUCCUGGUCCAUGCAUCAAGUCACCACAGCAGGUAUGUUUUCCACUUAAAUCUUUCCAUUUAAAAGGCUUUACUCUCUAUGAAGUCAACAAAGUCUCAGCCAGGACCAUGUGAGAGGGGAUGCAAGGUUAGGCUAGGAUAGACUAUGUUAUAGCUUUGUUUAAUACAGGAUAUUUGGGCUUUGGUAGGUUGACGCCAUUGCUUGUAACUGUAUUAUAACUAUUUUUGUGUUUAUGAAACCCCCUGAAUCAUGUCAGCUGUGACCAAAACUCAAACUUUUGAUAACUUUGAUGGUUCAAGUCUCAUGAAACCGUUAAUAAAAGGGUUCAAAGUGGACCAGAUUAGCCUUUUUAGAGGAAAUCAUUUCUAAAGGAUCCCUGGAAAUGGACCAAAAGCCAGUACACAAUGUUCUGUUAACAUUUACACAAUGUACAGAGACAUUUUCAGGUCUCAGACAGGAACCGGACAUAUGUGCAAGAAACCAUUUUUCCAGGUGAACCUAUCAUGAGGGACUGGAUCUUUGAAAACUCCACUGAAAUCCAAAAUUGUCGAUUUCUUUGCCUGGCUUGAUGCACCUGCAAAGUUUUAUGAUUUUGAAAUCAUGUCAUGUAGGAACUAAAUAAUUAUAAUAAUGAUAAUCCAUGAAGUUACUAUUCAGUCCUAGAUAAAAACAAGAUAAAAAAAAUGAAGUAGAGAAGCAAUUUCCCACACUGCACUGGUCAUGCAAUGCGAUGUCUGCAGCAAGGAGAGAGCAGGAGAAAAAGAAAUAUAUGUAAAAAAAAAAAAAAAGUGUGUAUAUGAACUCUGGCAGUGAGAGUUUUUCUUGAUCAAAUGAGGGAGUGUAAUCGUAAUCAUCCAUUUUUUCUAUCUUAGCCUAAACAUGAAGCCUCUCCCUCUUCCUCUUCAUCAUCUCCGCUCUUCAAAGUGUGCUGUGCUGCAGAGAUGCUGUACAGCACACAGUGUAUACAGUCCUGUAUGUGCGGUACACAUCUCUUAACUAUGUUUACCUGUGAUCUGAGGGCCGCCUCCUGACAGUCAAACAGACAGACGCGGAGCUGUUUGGAGGCCAGGAGUCGACGUUUGUUGAUGGAACGUGUAAAGAUCACACAUGAAAGAGCAAAUGUGCAUACUGUGUAUGCUCGCAGGAGUGUGUGCACAUGACAGACAGGACAGGUGCACGGACACACAAACACACACACACAAGUGCACACAUAUACACAUACAUGGAGGAGAGGAAGAUUGACAGCAACUGCUACCUGAACCCCCUACAGCCCCCUCCACAUCAGACUGUUACCUGCUCCCUCCCAUCAUAGGUUUUGAUCACUGAGCUGUCACAGUCUACCCCCAAUGCAUGUACACACACACACACACACACACACACACACACACACACACACACACACACACACACACACACACACACACACACCAGCAGUCUCAGCAAAUGAAAGAGGGUCUUUCACUCACCCCUCUUUUGAUGCUGAUCACUAAAGCAAAGUAUUUCAGGAUACACAAGUCAUUAUGGGGUUAGCUCCACUCAGGCACAUUCAAUUGACCUUAUUAGUUCUGGGAAUGUGUGUAAGAACUGUUUUAGCUCAUUUAGCUCCACCAAUUUGUUUUGUAGCAGAGUCAAAAAUCAAAAAGACGAUAAAGUCACCGAAGGAGAACAGAAAUAAAAUCUUCUGCUGUGUUCUGGGUGUGAAAGGCAGUGGUCGUCUGUUUUAUACGCCCCAUAUGGAUUCAGAAGCAGAACCAUAACUGAUGCAAAGAGAGAGGAGGGGAUAAAUGUAGAGGAGAGGAGUGUGGACGGAUGGAUUUUUCCUCUUUUCCUCUGUGAGCCGUCGUGACAGCUCCUUUCAUCCUGGCUGAGGCCCCGGUGUUAGUGCUGGCACAGCACUCUGCCUGCCACUUUAUCACACACACACACACACACACACACACACACACACACACACACACACACACACACACACACACACACACUCUUACACACAGAAGUCGAACCCUUCUGAACCCUCGUCUAGUGAGGCUCCAGCCACAGCACAUGAAAUCUGUUUAUAUCAUUUGGUAGCUGUGAAAGUGUCGGUUUGGACCACAGUGUCAGCCUCACUCUAUAAAACAAAAGACAGAAACAGAUGAAGAUUCAAAGAUCUUACAUGUUCGUUUCUAUGUCUCUAAAUUUGAUCAGAAAUGUCUUCAUUUUCAUGUAUGAGCUUUACCACCUCAUUAUAUCCUAAUCUAGAGUUUUCCUCUCCUCGAACCUCUGCACCAUUAAGCCCCCAGUGUGAGUUGCCAGUUUGUAAUGAUUAUUUGGUAAGAACGGCAUGUUACAUUGGCUGAACUGGCUGGAUGCUGAUCUGGCAGUUUUAGGACUUAGUGGGUCACUGCAGUGAGAGGAAACAGGGUGUGACUGAGGGGCAAGAUAUAGUCAGAUUCAGUCUGCAUUAAAGGGAUAUUCCGGUGUAAAUUUAAGUUAUGGUCAAACACACCGUAAAACCGAGUUAGACACCCUUUCAUGACAUGAAUGUUGCCGACUGCUUGCUUCUCUAGUUAUACCAACUUCAGCAAUGACCGCAUAAUAGCAAUACAUUGUGGUCCACAUCUCCACAUGCAAACCUCAACUAAAAAGCCACUCUAUAGCCACAAAUAAUGCUCAGAACAGCACCUAACUCCAUCAACUGUACAUAUAGGGUCUCAGUCAUAGCACUAGCCAUCAAACAUCUUUAUAGUUUUGCCUGAUUUUUUUAGUAAAGAGACUAAACACAACUCACCCACUCUCCUCCAGCAGCCACUUGCCUCAUCAUAAUUAUCAUUUUGCACUGCAGAUGUGGUAGUUCUUGUGCCUUGCAUUUCCAUGAAAUCAUAAUCAUAAAUGUUCUUCCUUGAGCUGCGAAACUCCGCUGCACUCAGUAAUUGACUCGUCAGGGCUCCUCCACAGACAAGCGGUUGCUGGAGGAGAGUGAGUGAGUUGUGUUUAGUCUCUUUACUAAAGAAAUCAGGCAAAACUAUAAAGAUGUUUGAUGGAUGGGACCCUUUAUGUACUGUUGAUGAAGUUAGUUGCUGUUCUGAGCAUUAUUUGUGGCUAUAGAGUGACUUUUUGGUUGAGGUUUGUGCAUAGAGACGUAGACCGCUGUGUAUUGCUAUUUCGGGUCGUUACUAAAGUUGAUGUCACUAGAAAAGCAAGCAGUUGGCAACAUUCAGCUCUCGAGGGGGUGUCUAACUCAGUGUUACGGCGUGUUUGACCAUAACUUAAAUUUACAAUGGAAUAUCCCUUUAAUUCCCCCAGUAUGAAUAGCUUGCACAUCAAGAGUCCAGGUGCUAAACUGGCCUUUCCGCAGCCAUGAUUUCUCAUCCACUGCAAACAUCUGGUGCACAAAGACACAGAAAAUAUGUCCCUGCUCUGAAUGUUUUAAAAACACCUCACCAAAUCAAGUUUUUGUUGUUAUGGCAACAGCAGCAGCAUAAGGUGCAUGUUUACAUUUUACCGUCAUGUGGAGCACACUGUCUCUGCAGAGGGGUCAGGUCUCUGUGUUUUAAAGUGAGGGGCUGCACUAAAACAAAAUCAGGCAAAUUGUAACCCAACAUAAUUUUAGAUUAAUAUUGGAAAAAAAAUAUAGAGUGACGUGUUUCAGGUCAUGUAUACACAGCAAAUGUGUCUACCCUUCAGCUCGUGACAUCCAUGGCAUCUUUUUAAUGUUAUGUUUUGGCUCCUCAGACCCCGUCUCUCGCCCCCCCCCUUUUUUUUUUCUAAGAGGGAAAACGUAAAGCUUAGGGACAUGUGAAAAAGCAAUUGUAGAAAAUUUCAGGGCAGGCUGUUCUGCAAUUUUCUUGAAAUUUCAGGAGUGUACUUGUAAAAAUGGCACGCUCAUUGUGGAGGCGGUAGAAAUUUUAAGUCUCUAUAAUGGGUUUCUAAAUCUGGUUUGAUGUGAGUUGUAAAAACAUUAUCCAAAGAAUCUCACACACACAGACCUGCAAAUGUAGCAUGAAGUGUGCAAAGUCGAAAUGAUUUUUAUUUAUGGAUGGCAGCUAAUGUUUUAGUGACUGCUAAUCUCCUGUGAGGGUCUGCUGUGUGUGUUUGUGUUCGGGGAGGUUCCUCAGAUUUACUAAGCUCUUUCUGCAGCACACUUUGCGCUCACUCACACACACACACACACACAUACAUAGCCAGGAGCUGCGAUGCGUGCAGAAGGUGCUGACGUACCAGGUUUCUAAGGAUCACCUUGCCUUGUAAUUACCUGGGAAUCAUAAGAGAGCCGCCGACGCUGUCACUCCAUAAUCACAACCCUCCACUUCUCUGCCUCCACCCCGACCUUCUCUCACUUCUCUUGUUUGGACAGCUCCUCUCUCUGUCCCUGCCUCACUUUUCCCCUCUCUUAUUUGCUCAUUUAGUUUAUUUAUCUGUUUCUCUCUCGAUCUGUCCUGCAUGAUCAAAGUUUUUCCUGUUAUUUUCUACAACAAAGCAGCUCUGUGGGACGAGGAAGCUCCUCUGCGUCCCUCCUUUCAUCUCAUAUUAUCGCGUCUAAUUGUCAGCUCAUCUCCCUGAACAAUGUUGUUGUUUACUCCUCUUGGGUAAACAACACCUCCAUCUCCUCCAUCUCCAGUCUCAUUAGUAUCCAAUUGAAGGAGUGAAAAGCUGUAAGGGGACUGGAGCCAAUAGCCGCUUAAUGCUCGAGCUAUUAGCCGGCAUGUAAUCAACUGGGUUAUUUCCAUAAAACAAGUCAUAAAGAGUUUAGCUGUGAGGUGUAGCAGCUUCUGAGCAAGCAGCCCUCCUGCUAUUCACAGCCUCUCGUCGGGUCUGUGUUAUUUAAAAAGCGGCUGCACACACACCUUCAAUGAGACUAUUAUGAUCUCUGUCUCUCCCUCCUCCUUAAAAUUUGGGACAUUAAGUUAAAAAAAGCCCCCGUUUCAGAUCCAAGUUGAUGCUUUCCGGUAAAGCAAGAGAGGACAAGCACAAUCCAUCAUUCAUAAGGAAGCCAAUGAAGGAGGGGGGGGAGACAAGGAGAGAAACAACAACAAACAGACCAGGCCUAUUUAAGACAGAGUGGGUGCCAUGGCAACCAAUUGCUAUCUAAUUGCGAUGUGCAUGUAGCUACAGUAACCACUGGCAACUGUAGGAAGUGGGAGACGAUAUGUGAGGAGAUGACAGACAGGAGGUCAAAGAGGGAAAAAGACAAUAGUGGAAAAAAAAGAGCUGAAAGGAGACUGAGAGAGUUUCCGAAUAAAAGUCUUCAAACAGUGUAAACAUUUUCAGGAUUAAAAACCAUUCUGGAAAUGCCGUCAUGUUCCCCGACUGGACACACUUAACCAUUUGUCUUGCCACAACUUCACCACAGUAGCAAACCCUCAUACUUAAAAAAACCGUGCCGACACAGAAACCAGUCUGGACUCGCUGCAGAGUCUCUGCCCUCCCCUCACAAGUACAGGUUUGGAGAUCAGUGUGAAGUGAAGUGAGAGGUUAAAGAGAAAAAAGAGAAGCCGGAGUCCCCGCAGGCUCUGUGUGAUGAAGACAAACAGCUGACAGACUCCACUGCAUCAGCUGGAUUCCCGCUCCUCUCCUCGUCUCUCCUCCUCUCUCCGUGUUUGUUUUGCAGCUGGUUGCUGAGGCAGCAACAACCUUGGGUUGCGUCACUUUCUGCAAUAGUAUACAAGCAGAAUAAUAGCGUUUUCAUGUGCUUUUAUGUAAAUACAGUCAGUGACAUUCUGUGUCGCAGCAGGAAAUAUUUUAGGGAUAGUUUCCAUCCAAGCUGAAGUAACAAAUCCAUUAAUUUCUCCCUGUUUGUCUCUUCUUGUCGUAGCUCUCUAUUGUGCUUCUCCAAUCCUCUCAAAGUUGUAAGAUCUGUCCUCAGGUUGCAGGAGAGAUCCCUAAGGGGGUGCCAAGGGUCAGCGUCCUGUCUGAAACCAGAGAGGCUUCUCUGUGUGUUACAAGGUGAGAAACAGAGUCAAAAGGGCCUGGACAGAUCAUCUCAGGUUUCGGGUCUUAACUGGAUUUUGCAAUUGCAGAAUGUAAACAGGAUCUAAGCUACUGUUUGCUGAUGUUGAUACUUCAGGUUGGCGUAUUUUUUUUUUUUUUAAUCUGUUGGUUGAUUAGCAAUUUCAGAAACAAUCAUCUAUCGUCUUCUAUAGCUCUGGGAAGCUAUAGCUCUCAGCCAGCUGUUGCAAAAACCCAACUCCCAGCCAAGACAAGUUUUGGACCUCUUCCAUUAUAGUGCCCAUUCAUUUCAAAUCUUUUUUUUUUAUGAUUUACUUUUGCCAAAAUAACACUAUCAUGAUAAAGUUUGUAAAAAGUCAAGCUUUGCCAGGUUCGUUGUUAAAAGGAGAAGAAACAACAUUUUGAUCCAUUCCAAAGAGAUGGAAAAUGUGUCUCUGGUUGGUUCUGUGACACAGUUUAGUGGUGAUGCGGUGACAUUUUUGAUGUAGAAAGUUUUUUUUCAAUAUCCCUGUGAUCCUGGAUUAAUAAACUAUCAUCACAUCAUCAUUUAUGGAAGGUGGGAUGUCAUUACACCUGUGUGCAUUCUGCCUGCUUUUGCUCUCCAGGGUUUUGUGCAAAUAUGAAGGUUAAACUAACAGACCAAUGAUUCCCAGAGUCAUGGGGAAAGUCCUCUCUGUUAUAUUUCCAUCAGCCUCUUUGUUCCCCAACAAUCCAUUAUUCCUCAUGACCGUUUUGACUGAAUCAUAUGUGAUUUUUCUGCUAAAUGUACAUCUUACCUUACCCCACAUCAGCUUUCAGUUAAAUCAACACUUCCAUGUGGUCCUCUGUUCAAGCACAAGAAAUAGCAUGAUUUAUGCUAAAAGCUGUAUUUAACCUUAAUUGCCAUAAUUGGUAUUUUUCAAUUGCACAGGGCUAGAAAUUACAGUGCUCUGUUUCAACAUAUUAGAAUCGUAUGAUAUUAUGAGGCCAACACAUGGCGAAGAUUAGAGGCUGAUGUAAAAAUACUGUUGCAUUGGUUUCAUUUAUAGUGUGUUUACUCUCAUUCUCAUAAAUAUUAUGACUAAUUGACCCAUUGUAUUUCUACAAGGGAGGGGACCAGCCUAUGUGUUUUUAAAUGCCACCUUUAGGUAUGAAUAAAGGAGCUGGCUGAGGCUGGCGCUAACAUUAGCCUCUUAACUGGCUUGACAGGGACAGUAGCCCUCAGGGUGGAAUAGAGCAUGUCUAAUUUAAUUACAUAAAUAAGUGCUAAUGGAGCCGGCAGGGGAGGCUCUGCACAGACUGUGAACACAAUCAAUGGGGAAAAUGUCAGCGACAUACCUGUGAUUCUUUUCAUUUGCAAGUAAGAUGAUGAAACUUUGUCAAAUUCAAGACAGUAAACACUUUUUCUUUGAGGACGUGUCGGACAGCUUCCAUGUAAACCUUUUGGUCCUUUUAACAAGCUUGCAAGAUAAUGUGGAGCCUCUACCUGUGUACCUGCUCAUGUCUCCCUCCUGGUCCUUUAUGACUCUGUUUAAGUGUGUGUGUGUGUGUGUCCAUAAAACGUCUGUCUCCAUGCAAGAGUCUGCACAACGCUCCUGCACAAACAUCACUGUGUCUGUCUGUUGGUAGAUGCACAGACAGGAGACAAAGUAUGUUGAGAAAGUAGAAGUGCUGAUGGUAGUGGAGGAGCAAGAGGAGAAGGAGGAGGAGGAGGUGGGGAGGAGGAGACGAGCUUCAGCCUGCAAGCCCCAGACGGGCUGGCUCCGGAGGGGCUGCACCCAGGCACAGAGCUGCCUUUGUCAGGGUAAUUAUCCUGACGCUCACCCUCCGCUGGAGGAGCUACCGGUUGGUCGGGCGGCUAACACACUAGCGCCACCUUUCAUCACUUUGGGGAAAGUUGUCAGUAAAGGAAUUUAACAUUUAAUUAUUUAUGAACUUGAAUUGUGCUCAAGUUUGGAGGUUCAUGCAGGAGAAAGCAAAAGCAUUGUGCAUAUCCCUGCUGAGGAUCAACCCAUGAAGUCCUUUAAGUGCAUCUUGCCGUUUUAGUUUUUGACACGCUCUCUCCUGAAUGCUGCUCUGCUCAUGCCUCUGAAAUGAAGUCUUCUUGUCUCAGUCCCUGUGACGCUGCCUGUCUGUCCUGCCUUGAUAGAAUCUCCCAGCUUUCAGCAGCCGCUCGGGCCCCAGCCAGCCUGCAGGAGGGACAGCCAGACAAGAAGGACCAGUGGAGAGAGAGGGGAAGAGAUAGCCCAGGUACCUGCCAGCCCUCCUUUCUCUCUCUCCCUCUCUAUUUCUUUCUGUGUUAAUGUCUUAGUAAGAACCUUAAGAGGAUCCAGAAACAGUUUAACUAAGGAGGGCCGGCCCUGGCUUGCCUAAUGGUUUCUGUUAAGUGUACAUGGUGUUUGAGGCAGGAUGGCAGCGGGCCAGCAGGUUUGAGACAGCAGGGAACUCCACCAGUUUGACAAUGUCAUGUCAUUUUUAAGAAGUUUUCUACACUUGGCUGUCAUAUAUUUUCAACUUUUUUGUGUCCUGACAGUUUUACUUUCAUCUCAGACUCCCUCACUUAAAGCUGGAAACGACAUUUGCAUACGAAGGGACAUGAGUCAUCUGGCAUGUUGCCAUGAAGAGGAUUUUCUUGUAGAUGUCGUGUCUUUGGUUUGGUGCUCCUGUACACAGUAUGGGACUUUUAAACAGACAGUUGAAGUUUAGAGUCGUGGCAAUCAAUCCAGACCAAAGGCAGCGGGUAUAUCACACUUCACUGCGCUCUGUCUGAUAAUUGCUGUUUUAGUUUCCUGUUUAUGAGAAUUUACUUACAAACUCUACCAGGGUCAGGUUGCUGUCAGGGUAUCUUAUUCACAGCAUGGAUACACAAUAUAUUU